UUCGAGUUUUAGUUCUUCAAAAUGAUCAGAGAAAGCGCUUGUCGCGCUCACGUUUAUUAACCACCACUGUCCCCGCUAUCUUUCUAAAUUAAAUUUCUCCAACAGGACACUCCUAAUUUACUUUUUUUCACCCUUAAUUAAGCCCGUUUUUCCUUCUCAUCUGUCCGAAAUCUCGAUAGAACAAACGACUGCCCCUAAUCAAUGUUUUGAUCGAACUUUUCUGGCGAAUUUGACAAGUUUAACAGGUGGCAAAACAGCCCCAAUGAUUUUCGAUUUCAUCAGAGAAAUUGUUCAAUACCCAGACCAGUUAAAACAGAUAGCGUGGUCUAGGGGUCCCCACAGGACAGAGCUGUGCUGCAACCCGGAGGAAAUCCAGUUGCUGGACGUGCCAGAUGUCCAGACAAGUGGCGCCCAGUCCCAGAAGACAGAUAACGGUGUGGCAAAUAAAACACCUAAGGCACAGAAUAAUGGACGAGACUUAGGGGAUGGUAACACAGACACGAGUUCAGGAGAUGAGAAUCUGAUCUUGACCUGUGGUAUCUCACCUGACGGCCAGUGGGCGGCGGUGUGUGACGACAGGAAGACCUUACACCUGUACAAGCUGGCCGAUGGACGGCUACAUCUGACGUCAUCCAGGGGCGUCCCCAGGAGGUGCACCACAGUGAGGUUCACCAGCGACAACAGCGUCGUGGUAAUAGCAGACAAGGCAGGGGACGUCUACUCCUUCCCCGUCCUGCUGGAGGAGGGCGUCACACAGAAGGGGGACGCCGACCCCGGGCGGGAGGGGAAGAAGAACAAUUCGCCGGACGAGGAAGUGUGUGAGGGUGGGAGCUUGGUGCUCGGUCAUCUCUCCAUGCUGCUCGACAUGAUUCUGGUGACCAAGGACUCACGUAUCAUAACCAGCGACAGAGAUGAAAAAAUCCGGGUCAGCCAGUACCCUGACGCUUACGUCAUUGAGUCAUUUUGUCUGGGACACAGCAAGUUUGUGAUAUCGCUGGCCUUUGAUGAGGACAGUCAGAGCAUCAUCUCAGGAUCUGGGGACUCAACAGUCAAGCUAUGGAGCCUCAGUGGCCAGGAGCUGUUCAGUGUCAACGUCUUGGACAAGUUGCCUGAUGGUGGUGCCACACCUGCGUCUGGCCAGACAGGUGAGGAGGACGUGACUGGAACCCUGGCCAACAGGCUGGCCUGCGAGAACGCUGUCCAGCGCCUGACCUACUGCUCCAAGUGUAAACUCCUGUUUGUGGCCAUAUACAGGUCAGAACACAUCCCUGUGUACAGGCUGAAGCUUGACCAGGGGCUGACCAGUCUAGAGUUCCUCACAGUCCUGAGCUGCUCCCACAAAGUCUCCAGUAUCUCUGUGUCACGCUGUGUCCUGUGGGUGCUGGCUGAGGGGGGUGGGGACUUGAUGUUGUCAGCGUAUAGGAUACAGGGAGAUGGGGACACAGUUAAGCUGACUGAUGUAGAGACAGACAGCAGGGAAUCCAAGAUGAUACAGGUCUUCUCUAGCCAGGAGGCUUUAACCAAAGGUCCCCCAUCUUCUAUGGACCUGUUCCCAUUUUUGUGGAAGUCAGCAUUCCAAGAGGACGCCACAGCUAAAAGAAACAUCAAACGACCAACAGCAAAAUCUGGCCAGGACUUGGAGUUGAAGAAGUCUAAAGUAGACACCAGCAGUUAGAAAUCUCUGGGCGGGGGAGGGGGAUGUGUUUACAUGUUUUAAAUAAAUAUUA